GUUUGCCGUUAGUGUGUAAACUAAAUUACGAUGAAAAGUAUGAUAAAGUUAUGAAAUUAAUAUUUGGAAAAACGUUAAUUUGCCGAACAGUGGAAGAUGCAACGCACUUUGCUAGAACAGUUAGAUUGGACUGUGUAACUUUGGAUGGGGAUUUCAUUACUGCUAGAGGAACAUUAACAGGUGGUUACAUUAACUUUUCACGUUCGAAACUUAAAAUUCAAACAACCAGAAACGAAAUUAUUUCCAAAAUAAGUAGCUGUGAAAAUGAAUUGAAAAAUAUAAGGGAAGAUCUUAUCAAAACUGAAACGACAAUAAACAACCAAGUUGCCGAAAUGGAAAAAAUCGAAAUUAAAAAAUCCAAAGCAAAAGAAACUUAUGAUAAAAUAAAAAAGGAAAUUACUUUGAUAAAAGAAGAACUUUCUAAUAUCGACAGUUCUCGCGUACAAAAAGAACAUUCUUUAUAUCAACUUAAAGCGAAAUUUGAACAGAUGCAAAGCAGUAAAGAAAAUUUUGAGUUGGAAUUAAAAGAAGAACUUUUAUCGCAGCCUUCCGCAGAACAUCAAACGAUUCUUGAAUCGUUAAAAGGUGAUAUUGAAACAUUAGAAAAAGAACAUAAUGAAGCGGUAAGUGAACGAACGAAAUUGGAAACGGAAAAAAAUAAAUUUUCCAGUUUUUUGAAUAAUAAUUUAAUUACGUGUCGUGAACAAAUCAAACGCAAUUUAGAAGAGAUGUUGGAUCGAGAAGUUACAAUGCAAAAUAUUAAGACUGACGAAGAAGAUAAUCGACAUAGGAUAGAGAAGAUAAAACAAGAAUUGGAAGUGUUGGAUAACAAGCGAACCAUAUUUAAUGAAAAGCUUGCAAAUGAAUUGGAAGAAUUGAAUCAAUGUCAAAUGUCGGAGAACAAUUUAAGGACUCAAUUAAAUGAAAACGCUGAAAAGUGUCGAAAAUUCGAGUCAAAAGUAAAUUUACUUAAAAACAAAAUUGAUGAACUUACUGACAAAAUGAAACAGUUGGAACCUUUAUCAUCAAAAUUCGAUAACCUAAACAAAAUGACUAUAAAUGAUUUACUUCGAGAAUUAACAAAAACACAUAAUUCCCUUACAAAAUACAGUUGUGUAAAUAACAAGGCCUUAGAACAAUUUAUACGUAUUAGCGAUGAAAAAGAACGGCUUGCUAAACAAAAAGAACAAUUAUUCAAAGGACACGAAAAGAUCAAAGAACUUUUAAACAAGUUAGAAGAAAUGAAAAUGGAAGCGAUUCAUUUCACUUUCCGUCAAAUCUCGCAAUAUUUUAAAGAAAUUUUUGAGAAAUUAGUACCUACGGGACGAGCAAAGUUUUUAAUGAAAACCAUAGACGACAGUGACGGUCGUGAAAUCGGUCCGGAAGAUACCGACACCGAUGUAUUUACUGGAAUUUUAAUUAAGGUAGCAUUCACCAAUGAAGAUGAUGAGAUGAAACAGCUGAAUGAAUUAUCUGGUGGACAAAAAUCUGUGGUUGCUUUAUCGUUGAUUUUUGCUAUACAAAAAUGCGACCCGGCACCGUUUUAUUUGUUGGAUGAAGUCGACCAAGCGCUCGACGUCGAACAUCGCUGUGCUGUGGCAAAAAUGAUUCAAGAAUUAUCUGAUAAAACUCAAUUUAUUAUGAGUACAUUUCGGCCGGAAUUGUUACAAUAUGCCAAUAAGUGUUAUGGGAUUACAUUUAAAGAUAAGGUUAGUCAAAUUCGGUGUGUUACAAGAGAGGAUGCUCUAAAAUUCGUUCAACACGAUUAAGAACCAUGUUAAACAAUUCAUUUAUUAUUACAAUGAUAUAAAAAAUAUUUAUUCCAGUUUUUGUAAAUA